AUGGCAUCCGAGCUAGCUGGCCUCGCCGUGGUCUCGGCCGCCGGCCUGCGCAGCACCCCCGCAGCUCCUCGCCGUCGCCGGCCACGGGCCGCUCCUCCUCCUCGCCGCCGGCCACAACCUCCGCGCGCUGCUCCUGCACGCCACCGGCUGGCCUGCGUCAAGCUCGUCGUGUCGCUGGACGCCGCGGCGGCCGCCGUCGCGCGGCUCGGCCUGCGGUGCGGCCUCGACUUCGGCGGGGUGUACGCAUGCCUCAAGUCCGGCGCGCACGACGCGCGGCUGGACCUGCUCGUGGCCAAGGGGCUCAGGGUGAAGGCCAAGAAGAUGGAGCGCCUCAUCGCGGCCACGGCCAAGCUCUGCUCCGAAAUGGAGGCGCUCGACGAGCUGGUGUCCACCGAGCGGAAGAUGAACGUCCGGGGAUGGAACCGCCUCAGCGGGCCGAUCCCGCAGAACCCACAGGCGGCGGCGGUGGCAGCGGCGCAGCAGCAGCAGGCCAGGGACCCGCCCGGCGCGGAGUCGCUCCGGCAGGAGCUCAAGACGCAGCGGCUCAAGGUGAAGCGCCUCAAGGAGGAGUCCCUGUGGAACCAGAGCUACGAGAAGGCCAUCGGCCUCAUGGCGUGCGCCGCCUACGCGGUGUUCGUCCGAAUCUGCGCCAUCUUCGGCCCGUUCGUGGCCGGCCUCCCGCCGCCACUGCCGGCGGCCACCACGGACAGCGUCCAGACCCGGCUGUCGAAGCUGCUGCACCCGCGGUCGGGGAAGGCGAGGGCAUCGUCGGGUCCGAUCACGCGUCGCGACGGCCCGUCCCGCGUCCACCAGCUGAUGAGCAACUCGUGCCCAAUCAUCGGCGUGCGGCCGUCCGGCCAGAAAGCCCCCACCAACUGGCGCAAGCUCCUGGACGCGCCGCACGGCACCGUCGGCGGCGCGGGGCUGGACCAGCAGUACGCAAGCGUAAUCGUGUCUGCGGAGGAGCUGCUGCGGAUGGAGGCCGAGGGGCGGCAGGAGGAGGCCGGCGCGGAGCGCACGGAGAUGUACGAGAUGCUCCCAGCGAAGCUCCAGGCGGCGGUGUGGUCGAAGCUGCAGGUGUGGUGGCGCGACCCGGGCCCGCUGGACGAGGGCCUGGCGCAGGGGUGGAAGGCGGCGGGGGAGCGCAUCAUGGCGUGGCUGGGCCUGAUGGCGCGCGACACGGCGCGUUGGCAGUCGGAGCGGAACAGGUUCGACGGCGCGCCGUGGGUGUACGCGCUACAGACGCUGUGGUGGCACAACUAA